GACUUCCGUCAUGCCUGUGUUGUUCGCAUGCCACCCGGGGCCGUCGCUGGAGCACACUCCGAAACGGCGAGCAGUUGCGAAGAUGGCGCUGUCUGGGAAACAUAGACUGUGGACCCUUUGGUUGUGCUUCGUCCUUGCGGCGCCGGCGCAAAGCUGCGUGGUCAUAGCUCCGAAACAAGUAAGACCUGGAGUGGAAGAGACCAUUGUGAUCUCUAACUUGGAGACACCGAGCGACGUGACCUUGAUCCUCCAGGAUUAUCCGAAGAAGGAGAGCACAAUGUUCCAGCGCACCUUCGAAGUCAGCAAAGCAAUAGACAUGGUGCACGUUUUCAUCGACCCGGAGAAGCUGUAUGCCGACAAACUUCGCCGAGGCCGUCGUGUUUACGUGACCUUGACAACCGUGUGUGGUCAGGCUUUCAGCAAGGAGGUCAUCCUACCUGUGAAGCGCAGCAGCGGAUACCUGUUUUUGCAGAGCGACAAGCCCAUCUAUACUCCCAGGCAGACAGUUAACCUGCGGAUGAUCGCCGUGGGGGAGGAUCUGGUUCCAACAGCAGGUGAAAUCAAGCUGGAAAUAAAGAACCCGAAAGGGGUGCUGGCACACGAGGCAACGCUGAGUGCCACGAACAACACAACAGCGACAGGCAUGUUCAGUCACUCUUAUUCCUUCCCGGCCUCGCCAGUUCUCGGUGUGUGGAAUGCCAUCGUCAGUUACGGAUUCCAUUUCACCCAGAAGACCAACAUCACUUUUGAGCUUAAAGAGUAUGUGCCACCAUCGUUCUCGGCAAGAAUAAUGGCGCCCGGCGUCAUUCUACCUGACAGGAAUGUGAUAGUCACUGUUGAAGCCAAGUACCCGUACGGAAGACCAGUUCAGGGUUUAGUUAUCUGCAAAUUUAAAACCAGGAAUGCCAACACCGGCCAAGUACAACCAUACGAGAGAGCAGAAUCUCUAAUGGAAGAGCUUGUCAAUGGAAAUGCAACCUUCACCUUGCCAAGUCGUGGACGUUGGGGCCAGUACCUACAUUCUGUGUAUCUUGGUUCCCGACUUGUGGUAGAAGCCGAAGUCUUGGACAAGGUCACUGGCGAACGAGUCACAGCUGAGGAUGACUCGGCUGUGUACGCACACUCACUUUACCACGUCAGCUUUCGCCGCACUGACCCGCACUUCAGGCCAGGUGCUCCAAAAGUCGUCAAGGUGGAUGUCACGUACGCCAAUGGCCAGCCAGCCGCUUUGGUUCCCUGCACUGUGAAAGCCGAGGCCGGUAAUGGUUUUAACGUUCCCGUAGAUCCUGAUGUAGCGAUGACGGACGCCAGGGGGCGUCUUGCAUUCGCUGUGAGCACAGAGGGUCAACACACUCUGAUUAUGGCAAAGGUUGAAAUCUUGCUGCCAAGUGAACCUGGUCGACAGGCGGUAGGACAAAUUUUUCUUAGUGUCUUCAGAUCUCGGAGCAACGCUGUAUUAUACCUGGAGUCAGCGGACAGCGGUAAAGUUGUCAAGGUUGGAGGCAUCGUUUCAAUUCGUGUCGGGAUUUAUCCACCGACCUUUUCACCUGGAUAUUACAUUGUCACACACAAUGGCCAGGUGAAACGGUUCGGUGAACUAUAUCGAGACGUGUCGUCAUAUCAUUUUGCACGGUUCUCAGUGACGAACGACAUGUCGCCAUCUGUGCGCGUCCUUGUGUACGCCUUCCAUGAAGGGCACCUGCUGGCUGACUCACUCGUCAUCGAGGUAGAGGAAGCCUGCUUGGAAAAGGCUGCCAUAACAAUUGAGACAGACUUCAAAAGUGAACGACCUGGAGCAAAUGGUUCUGUGAAGAUUCUUGGAAGUCCUGGAACACGUGUGGGCAUCUUGGGGAUCAACAAACAAGUAUCCGAACUGGCCAGCGAAGGUCUUCUCACCUCAAAUAAGAUGUUUGCAAAGCUGAAGUCCCAUGACAUGGGUUGUGGUCCUGGGGGUGGCAGCACAAUUAGAGAUGUCUUGUCCAACUUCGGAGUCAUUGUCAUCAGCCAGCAGUCGCCAGACGUCAUCCACGAAGACCCCAGAUGCCGACCACUGUCUCGUCAUCCGAGUUCCAGCGAGUCCGAUACCGCAUCCACGGCCUUCCUGGAUGAGUGCUGUUCGCUGGCAAGAAGGCCAGACCGGUUUCAACGGAGCUGCAGGGCGCGAGCUGUCAUAGUGCGGCUCUACAUCAGCGGACAGAAGGGCAAGCUGUGUGCCGACGCCUUCUGGAGUUGCUGCCUCUUACCCUUCGGUGACAUUGAACCUGACUUCUCCAGGCCUCUUAGCCCCCUACCCAACAGAGGUAGGCCUUUUUUCUCGCUGGUUCCCGACGUAGAUUACCUUGAGAUUGACGGUCGAAUAGGCCAAAAGCCGAAAUUAACGCCUGCACUGGGUCUACAGCCGAAUUUUGACGAGGAAGACGAGUACGACGAGGCGCACGAUCUCCCUCCAGACUCUGUGAUCCGUAAGGAUUUCCGGGAAACAUGGAUUUUCGAUGAACGAGUCAUCGGGCUGGAUGGCGUGGCAGAUAUUGCAACGAGCCUACCACACAGUAUCACCACGUGGUCGGUGCAGGCAGUGAGCGUGGCACCAUCAGGUGGAGUGUGUAUUCCCCAACCUCGGGAAGUACGCGCUUUCCAGCUGUUCUUCCUACAGGUAGUGCUGCCUUACAGUGUGGUGCGGAAGGAGCAGAUCGAAGUGCUCGCCACAGUCUACAACUACGUAAACGAAACAAUCAGGUGCAACGUUUACGUCUACGGCCUGGAAGGAGUCUGCACGGGCACUCAAGAAGGUGAACGCUCCGAAAGGCGAGCUGUUUCAGUGAGCGCAAGCUCUGCGUCGAGCCUCACCUUUCCCGUGGUACCGCUCAGAGAAGGUCUCUUCACUAUCAAGGUACACGCGCACUGCAACCAGAGCAGUGGCCACAGCCCCGGCACGCACGACGUCGUGGAGAAGAAACUUCACGUGGUGCCAGAAGGAGUGCCGGUGGAGAAGAUCGUCGCCGUUCCUAUUGAUCCGGACAGUGCUCGCAGAAGGGCGACACAGAGAUCUACGACGGAUGUGUACGACGAUUCAGUAGAUCCGGUCACCAAUCACCAAACCAUCUCAAUUAAUCUUAUCCCACCAUCUGACGCUGUGCCAGGCACAAGAAGCAGUUCGCUAUCUUUGACAGGAAACCAACUGGGACCAUCGGCCGUAGAGACACUAGAUGUGAUCGAGGUCCUCAUGAGGAGGCCGACCGGAAGCAGCGAAGAGAUUGAUACGCUCAUGGCGCAAACACUGCACGCUCUCGAAUACCUCAGGCGCAAAAAUAUGAGUGAUCCUGUCCUGGAGGAGAGAGGUCGUCGAUACCUGAGAGAUGUCUGGUGCGUGUACUUUGUUCACCUUCAGGAGGUGCUUAAUCACCUGUACGUUGAUACAAGCUUUCUGAUGGCCAGUCGUCAACAAACGAGGAAUGGCCACGCAUUCGCGCUCGCGGCCUAUGCCGUGGCCUGGAAUCUUGGUGAAGAACACCUUGCACGGAGGUUACUCAGUGCAAUGCUUGUCGACGAUCCUCUUCUGCCAAAUGCUCGAAGUAUGGGCACAGACAAGUCUUCCAAAACUGUUGAGGGCACGAGUUAUGCUCUCCUUGCUCUACUGGCCGUACGCAGCAACGACACUGACACUAUCCAAAGCCUCGUGAACUGGCUCAACGCCAAUCGUCCAUCGGCCAGCACUUCCUCUCUGAGACAUGACAGUGCGGUGUCCCUCCAGGCGUUAAUGGAGUUCGACUUGACGUCUUCCAAGCGGUACGUAGACCUCAUGUGCAACGUCACGAUGAGGGGACAGCAGGAAUUCUACAAAAGCAUUCAAAUAACGCCCGAAAAUGCAGCGGAGCACCAACAGCUGGAUAUUCAUGACAUGUCGGGGACGCUCCUGGUGACAGCAAACGGAACUGGAAGUGGGCUCCUUUCUAUUAGAAUGAAAUACAAUGUUCUUAUGCCACCAGAACUGUUAUGCAAGUUUAACAUAACCGUGCACGCUGACGUCCACAAGCCCAAACCGAAGAGCAAUGAACCGGUCGAUUUUCCGCAAGAGCUCUUGGAUGAUCUUCUUGGAUUUGAGCGAGAACGACGUUCUGUCAAUUUUCCUUCUUCUAUAAAUGAGCACCAUCGCACCACUAGAUCAUCAAACCAGCCACAGCAGAGCAAGCUAGUCUACGACAUCGAAGUGUGCUCGCAGUAUAUUGGCGAGUCGGACUCCAAUGCAGCCGUCAUAGAAGUUGGACUGCUCAGUGGCUUCGAUCCGGUGGUCGAAGACUUAGAUACGGCAAUAAAUAGCAACUUGCAUCUGUACAAAUAUCUUGUCACCGAGAAAAAAGUAAUCCUGUAUUUUAAUCAGAUUCCGAGGGAAGCAGCAAGUUGCGUGCAAUUCAGGACAGAACGCAAGCACGUCGUUCACAACAUACAGUCGGCUGCGGUGAAAGUCUACGACUACAGCGACCCCUCCCGCUCGUGCACCCAAUUUUACGGACUUGAAGCGACUAGUCCCCUACUAAAGGUGGCCUGCACAGGAAAUAAGUGUCAAUGCAUAGAAGCUGAAUGUCCGCGAAGACAUCCUUUCCUCAAUGUCACAAGUGUGAUACCAGAACAAAUAAAGAGACAAAUUCUGCUAGAGAUAGCCUGCAAGGAGCAUGAUUUUGUGUGGAUUGGAAGUGUAUCUGGGAACAGCGUCCUUAAUGGCUUCCGUCACGUACAACUACGUGUGAACACGGUGCUCAAAGAAGGUUCAGAAAAAAAGCGUGCCGUUUUGACCGGUACGAAGCUGUUCUUGGCUCCGCAUCACUGCAGCACUGCAGAUUUGAGUGUGGGUGAAGAGUACUUUGUUUUCGGCCGCGAUGGUGAGCCCUUUGCGAAUAACGGCUCAGUCGGUGUGAGAUACAGCUUGGACAAGAGUGUGCGCCUCUUCAAGGUGGAGAAGGAGGAGGCACAUUCCCGGCCGAGCUGGAGAUCUAGCGGAAAACUAAGCUCCGUUUUUCAUUGGCUUUCAGCGAGACUGCAGAGCCACCAAGGCUGCCCGGAGCACUUAAGAGUUGUGCGGUCGGCAACGUUUAGUAAUAAGGAUAUGGCUGCGUUCAAACGCCACUAGCGGCCAGUGUAAUCCCUGCCCGUGGGUCUGUUUCUCCACACUUCCCUACAACAUCGGUUACUCUCAGCUACAACUCUCACACAGACUGUGAUGAACUGUAGACCCCACAUCCAUGUGCGUGUGGAAAAAGCAGGAGGGAAAUUUCAUUCAUGAUUGAUCUGGUAUACGAGAACAUAGUUUGAUACCAUCGUACUGCUUUUAACUUGAAGAAACAAACAAGUGACCGUAUGAGUAAAAUAUACUGCAUCA